AUGCCACGUCCGGUUGCUGCUGCAACUGCGGCAGGCCAUGGUGUCACCCUGCAUGGUGUCGCACCGUCGGAGGAAGUCAGUGCAGUUCAGCAGCAGCGCGCUGAAGCAUUGUUUCCGAACAGCUUCAAAGUUUCUGGUGUGAAGCAUGUCGCAGACAAUUUGCUGGGCUCUGUCCUCACAUCCCUUCCGCAGUGGACGCUCCUGCUACCGAAAGUGCAAUCGCUGGGCUUGUUGCUUUCCACCAUCACAUGGAGGGAACGGUUUGUUGCAGUUUGCAUGAAUGACCGAACGAUGAAGGAGCGAAACCUGAUACUUUUGUGGGCUGGAGAUCAUCUAGGCGGUUUGAGAUGGGAGGCAAUUUCAAAUUUUUGCAGAAUGGUACUUCCCUUGCAAAAUCUUUUGCGAACAUGCUGGAAUACCCAGCGCUACCUGCAUGCAUCGCCGGACACUGACAAACCGUUUUUGGUUGAAGAUGGGUCACGCGCUCACGUACAGAGAAUCUCGGAACUCAUGACGUCCAACUACGAUUGGUCUACGAUUUCGUUAGUUGCACUUUUGAGUGCAGAAUGCGACCUGAUUGGACAAUGGAGUGAAGGAUGCCCUUGCGACAGUCACCAGCAAGCUCCGACAAUUUCAAAGAAGCGAUCGGGGCAAGAGGUAACACGAGGACGCAAUCCACAAUCUUCUUCCUGCCCAUUCAAGUGCUGCAGGGCGCCAGAGCUGGCAACUGGAAAGGCAAUGCUGAUGCAGUCUUCUUACAUGGGCGCACACCAGAAUGAGUUCAAAAAGUGCUUAAUCUCAGCGCCAGCUGCAAACCGAACAGAGUUUAUUGGAGCGUGGGAGAGAGCGACUUCGAGACUCUUUGGAUGCUUGGAAUAA